GAAGAGUGUAAGUGAGAGAGAUCAGAUCAGAUAGAGAUGGCUCUGAAGGUUGUGCUGAUGACACUAAUGGUGUUGUUUUCUCUGGGAACAAUGCCUUUUCCAUUGGCUGGUGCUACUAGGGUCGACGUUGCUGAGCUGCUCUCAGCCAUAGAAAUUCCAACUGGAAAGACUGGAGACAGUAGCUGGUGCGACAACUGUGUGUGCACAAAAUCAAACCCACCAUACUGCCGCUGCACCGAUGCUUCUCUCUGCACCAAAUGCGUCUGCUACUUAUUUGUGCCUGCUGCUGUUAAGUCAACUUGCGAAUCUAUUGCUUCCAAAUUCGACAGCUUCUGUCCUUCCUCCGUUGCUACAACUGCUGAGAGGACCCAAUUUAUCCUCAACUGA